AUGCAGCAACUAUUACCGUUGUUUCUCGUAGUUAUUAGUUUGUUAUCGACAAGUUUAAUUUAUGGACAAAAUUUCGAAGGUUGCCAGAAUGGACCGAUUACUUUCCCUGAUCCGAAAUGGAGAACAGUCCCAUCUCGAUUUGAGAUCGUCACAGAAUUGGUCGUCGAUAAUGAAAUGCUUGAACUCUCACAAGCAUUUUCGCCACAACGUGAUGCUGUGGCUACAAGCACCAGUAGAGGACCAAUAAAUUUCUAUUGGAAUUUUGGUACCAACGAACAGUUUGAAACUCUCACUCUUAUUGCUAAUCAACAAGCAGUACAAAAAUGUUUUCGACAAGAACUUACUGGUACAUCUCAAACUAGUGUUAUUGCACAAAAAACACUUUAUGUAAAACCUUCGAUUUUACUUGGCUUUGGUCCUCGUAAUGAAGAGAACACACAGUGGGGCAAUCGAUAUGUUGGUGAUACUGAUCUACGUGGCAUUCCUGCAAAUAAAUUCAUAGCAUGCUUUGACGUACCGGAUAUUGAAGCAACUGUAUCUGCAACAUAUUAUGUAUCAGAUGUAACAAAAUUUCAGGCUUAUUUAAGAAGCAAUCAAAGUAUUAUAUUACAAAUUGACGUUGAAAUUAGAAAUAGAAAUGGCCGCCAAGACCGAUAUACAUAUAAUGUAUUUCGUUAUGUACCGAAUCCUAGCCGCCGAGAAGAACGUCAAGCAUUAGAAACUCCAUCAGGUGUAUAUUGUGCAGGUAGAACAUCGACAAUGGAUACACCCUCAAAUAUUCCCGAAAGACUUAGCUCGAAUUCAGAAGCUUUUAUGCCACAGCUCAAUAGUUCAAUUCUAAGUGCACAUGGUUUAUAUGAUACUGAAUUUCGAUUAACUCGUUUCGAUGUGUGGUUUCCUGAUCCAUCUGGUGGACCGCAAUGGUUACAUUACAGUGAAAUACAUGAUUUUGCAACUGGUCUUAACUAUCAAUAUAAUUAUACAAAUCAUCAAUGUAAUGUCCGUCCUCUAACUCCAGGUGCUAAUGAUUCGGUACCGGUCGAUGGAAAACCAGAUCUAAUACAAAUGGGUAGUCCACAGCAUUUCUUUUUGUUGGAUGAUAUUACCUAUCAGUAUACAGGUGAAAAACGAUGUCGGGAUAAUAUCUGGUGUAAUGUAUGGAUUGGUGAAAAAUCAGUAGGAAAUAAGACUAUUGAACAUCGAGAGUGGUAUUGGGCAGCAAAUAUCAACGGGGAAGUAGUAAAAGAACCAUUUCCAGUCAAAUUUCUUUUGAGAACUUCUGUCGAUGAAAUUCCUACAUUCACAAUGGAAACCACAAUUUUCAACUAUGUUCGUGAAUCAAGGGCAGUAUUCGAAGUUGACGCGACAUUAGCUGACUGUUACCGAGCUUUAGGCCCAGCUGAAAGAUUCAAUCUUGCUGUUUUAUCAUUUACAAUAAUAAAUGAUAAAAAUUAUCCAGUGUUGCAGAAUUUGAAUAAUUUACGUUUUCAUAUAUUUGAAACGUUAAUAUUUACAUUAUUGGUGCGCCCUAUUCGAAUUUCAAAUGUUAUUGCUGAUAAAGAUGGUGAUGAUAUUUUAGUUUCAUUUACUUUACUUGACGCACCGCCCCGUACCGGCCCGGUAGAAAAUCCAUUAAAAGAAGAAUCAUUAGAUACAUUAGUUGAACGUCUCAAUUCAAUUAUUGAUGCAAAUGGUUUCUUUGUUCGUGCUAGAUACGGUACAAAAGAUGCUGUUUUACGUGCAAAAUCUGGUUCACUCAAUACCCAACAUAAAAGUACCGAAGAUAAACCAAAAACAUCAGGUCCAAAGAUUACUGGCCUCUGGAUUGGAUUAAUAUUUGUCGGACUUCUUUUUGGAGCUAUUGGUGGAUUUUUUGCACUUGCAAAACUUUCUUCAUAA